AUGGGAGCAGCUGCUGUACUACCGGUGGAGCGGUGGACUCGCGUCAAGCCUCUGGUGCAGGAAGAGCACGAGGCCUGCAGCGCUCUGCUCGGCACGAUUGGCAGCGAGCAUGCCCUGCUCAGCCUGCCGCCGCACGACCAGUUCCACUGGCUGCACCGCUUCUACCUCCUGCUUGACGCGGUGGCUGAGCGGCACAGCGUGUACAAGCUCUACGGCGGCCCCCACGGCUUCAUGAUCAGCACCGGCGUGGCAGAGCCAAGCAUCAACCAUGCCGCCGUGUUGCUGCGCUUUGCGCUGGACCUGCGUCAGGCGACCCACAGCAUUCGGCUUCCUUGCCAGAUCCCGCUGGAUCUGCGCCUGGUGCUGACCAGCGGGCCCGCCUGCAGCGGCCUGCUGGGCACCGCAAGCCUCACAUACCAGAUGGUGGGGCGCGCCGUGGCGGUGGCAAGGGAGCUGCUUAACACCCAGACCGAAGUUCCUUUCAUGGUCACUGCCGACAUGAAGAAAGCCCUGCCGCCCUCUUUUGGUUCUAUGCUUGUGCCGCUGGGCGGCGUGCGGCUGAGGGCCAGCCUGUGCGGCGAGCAAGAGGUAUUCAGCCUCCAGCAAUACGCCAGUCUGAAGCUCACCCAGCCUGCCCACUUGCCCGCGUGUGAGACCGUGGCAGGGGCCGGCCGCCGGGAAUGA